AGAUGUUUAUGUAUGUUCUUUUAAACAGCCACUGUGUCGAUACAAAUAUAGUGUUUACGGGUAUUUAUGUCUUAACAACGGCAAUAAACACGGGCGUCGACAAGUAGUUGUGUCAAAUCCAUUCUUGUUGAUAGUUGUCAAAUCUAACCGAUAACUUGAAACCAAGUCAUCAUUAAAAUGAGUUUGUCAGGAGAAUUUACAGGCUCGUCUGUCUUUGCUAAAUUGACCGUAAUUUUCAUGUUGCUGUCUAAUUUGUGUAAUUGGAUAGCUUUCACAACUACCUAUUGGAUUCCAGGCACUGGGUUAUGGAGAACGUGUAGUAUAAUUGGAAAUACUCCUAACUGUAGAUUUAACGAUGGAAAUGACGUAGAAUUUUUUCAAGCCACACAGGCUUUUGUAAGUUUUGGAUUUAUUGGUAUCAACGUGGUCUUCUUCCUUUCUAUAUUGUAUAUAUGGGUGGCCAAAUGUGCCAAAAAUGCUGAUAUCUCAUUUUGGGGAGCAAUUCUGGCUUUUAUAUCAGCUGGAAGUUAUUUCAUUGGCGUACUGAUUUAUGGUAUUGAGACAAAUAAAAACUUCGUUGUCAUCAAUUUACAUUAUUCCUAUGCAAUGGCCAUAUUAGCUUUAUUAUUAGAGGUAGUUGGAGGUAUUUUCUUUUUAUUGGCUGGUAAACGAUAAGAAUCGUUACUAAACCCAUUUCUUCAUUAAAAUAAUAUUGUAUCGAAAAUGUUUAGAUGUUUUUUUUUUGUAAUUUUGUCAAGUACUGUUUGUUUUGUAAUAAACCAUGUUAUC